AUGCCGGUUGACAACUACGGGGUGUGGAAAUGCCACCCCGUGGACUACAAACUUGAACAGCGCAAUCACGGGCCAAAAUCUCCCCAACUAUCGCUGUAUUUCACAGACCAAGUUACAGAUUGCAAGCAACAUGGUACAGGGGUCGCCACUGACCAUGAAGGUCACGGCCGCUACCGAGCAUGUAUCAACAUCACCUCAGGCGACCUCGAUGACUCCCGGCUUGUCUACUGGGUCAACCACAACAUCGACCAAAACCCAAUUAUCGACGAGAUCUCUCGCCUAAGCUACGGCUUCCACUCAGCCGAGGACCGCAAAGACAGUCUGGGACUCGACUACAUCCGCCACAGCCUCUUCAACACAACAUACGGCCGCCUCCUGCCCCACGACAUCCCCGGCCAAUUCAACGACAUCAUCGACAUCCUCCAGCCAAACAUCGAGCAAGCCAUCCGCGAAAAGGCAGAACUAUACCUCUUCGGUUCACGCUGUGAGAAGCGCAAUGGGAUGCAUAACAUCCACAUGAACCAAGGCAACGGCCGCAAAUUCCGCGCCGACGACGGCGUCUACCGCGACGGCGGGCUCAUCUUCCACUUCACCUGUCCCAAUCCUGGCUCCGAAGAUGUCCGUGACGAGUGGCUGGGGGUCUUCCUUGCCUUUGCGAGUCAGGCCGUACACACGAGCGACGAAACCGGGCACGCGAUCUCCGGCGUCGGGUGGAGCGAUAUCCUCCGCCCGGAUAUCAUCGAGGAUGGCGUCGUGAUCCAAGAGGCAUUUGUGAAGUCCGACUCGGAGUCAGACUCCGCUAUGGACAAGGGGUCGACCCCGCGGCCGAAGCUAGGCAAAAGGCGUAAGUCACUGACAGUGACUCUCUCGAACCGUACAGACCGCGCUGUCCGCCUCGGCGACUGGAGGAUUAGGAGUAGUUCGGGCUGUGUCCAUACCUUGCCGCGGGGAGCAGCGCUGAGGCCACGGGUCGAUCAGAUGUUCGAGCUCGCUGAUUGUCCGCUUUUGCCGACCGGGGAUACGAUUCUUCUUCUAAAUGAGCAUGGCCUGAAGGUGGAUGGGGUGAGCUAUAACUCGGCGCAGGGCGGGAUGAAGGGGAAAGGAGGCGCGAUUGUUUUUGCACACUAA